CUUGGUAAGGAAACCGCUCCUUUCUCCACCUUUCUCUUCUUCUUCCUUCCCAUCACCCUUUAAAAGUCGUGCUUCUGGCCAAUCUAAUAGUGGGGAUUAGGGUUAGGGUUCGGAUCUCUCUUCGAUAUAAUCUCGUCCGAUGGCCUCGGAAAAUGGCACCUUUCUAGGGUUUUCGAUCUGCUCCUGAGGAGUUGGUCCUGUUUCUCGACCGCAUUCCGUCGAAUUUUCCGGCCCGAUAUUGUCCUCUGGCGGCGUAGCCGCGGCGGAUAUGGACGGGUUGCGGCCGGACCACUGGGAUCCGGUGGAGGAGGAUGAGGGGAUCGAUCACUUCGACCGGCUGCCGGACUCGGUGCUCCUUGUGAUCUUCAACCUGGUCGGCGACGUCAAGGCCUUGGGGCGUUGCUGCGUCGUCUCCCGCCGCUUCCACGCCCUCGUCCGACUCGUCGACGAGGUCGUCGUCCGAGUCGACUGUGUCAUCUCCGACGAUCCCUCCCUCUCCCGGGUCGCCGAGGCGGGCGGCGCUGCCGCGUCAGACAAGCCCCGCGGCGUCUUCUCCCACCUUGCUCGCAUCGUCCUCGGCGGCCUCGUCAAGCCCCUCGUGGCUCUCGGGCAAAUCCUGUCCCCCUCCUCUUCCUCCUCCGCUGCUGCCGCCGCCGCCUUCACCGCGGCCAGGAAGUCCGCGCCAUCGUCCUCUUCAUUCUCUUCAACUUCGUCCGAUGUCUCCCACCAUUCCCCGACCGAAGUCUUGAAGAACUUCAAUGUGAUCCGGCGCCUCCGCAUCGAGCUUCCCGACGGUGAGCUCGGCGUCGACGACGGCGUCCUCUUGAAGUGGAGGGCGGACUUCGGAUCCACCCUCGAUAGCUGCGUCAUCCUUAGUGCCUCAUCCGUGGCGUUCUCGUCUUCCAUUUCCCCGGACUCCCCAAACCCUAAUCCUAGUCUUAGUUUCGAGGACGCUUGUGUCGGUGAUGAUUGCGGAAGCAUGCCAGAUUCGUUCUAUACUGAUGGAAGCUUGAAGCGGAGGGUGGUGUGGACUAUUAGUUCGCUGAUUGCCGCCUCAGCGCGGCAUUAUCUUCUCCAUCCUAUUGUGGCUGACCAUGAAACAUUAGAGAGCUUGCAUCUAACAGAUGCCGAUGGGCAGGGGGUGCUGACCAUGGACCGGCGGCAACUGCAGGAAUUAAGGGGAAAGCCAGUGAUGGCUUCGGGGUGCUCGCAACGGACACUUCUGCCGGCACUAAGCAUGCGUCUGUGGUAUGCACAGCAGCUCGAGUUGCCGGAUGGGAUGUUGUUGAAGGGUGCGACAUUGUUGGCCAUCAAACCAAGUGAGGAGUGGACGACGGGGGCAGCCGGUGGAUCUGUCGGGCUCUCAGAUGGUUGCAGGGUUUCAGAUGCCUUUGAAGAGCCAUACAGGACAGCAGCCAAGAUGCUCAUGAAUAGGAGGACUUAUUGCCUCGAGAUGAAUUCCUUCUGAGCCCACAGAAGCCAAACCCAAGUUUGGUCGUCCACAGUUGUAGGUCCAAUGGAUGUCUCCAAGGGAUGGUAAUCAGUAUACAUUUAAGGAUGAUGACAACAUCUUAGGCCCCUGGCAAAGGACCCUGCCUGUAAGUGGUAACCUCUAACUCAUCUGCUAAUGCAAUGAUUAUAUGCUGUGAAUUUUCAAAUGCAAACGCCCAAUGUCCGGCGAAGUGGCGGAGCACCUCUCUGUUGGGCUGCUUCCAUGUGUAAACUUACAAUUGCGGCACAUACAACCACAGAGUGCUAUCUUCACCUUUGCUUGUAAAUGGUGUAGGGGUUAUUGUAGCCUUCGGUAAUGGACUUAUUGUAAUUGUAGUUUUUAUGCUACCAAUAUCAAACUUCUUAGCCGUAAUUUCCAAUUUAAGCUCCACUACUGUACAGUAUGUACUAUGUUCUUAUUGGGAUAAAAAAUAGAUUGCAAAUAUCAGAUUGCAAUCAUCCAUGGUGUUCUGGGUUUA